UUGUUGCAGUGUGUUUUCCAGCUGGUCUGGUACGUGAGAGCGGACCAACAGUUGGAGGAUACCAUAGCACUUGUUUUUAUGUAUUUUUUUUUUUACAAUAGCAUCCUUUUUUCUUUGUUUGUAAAUAUGUCUUUUUCUAGCAAUCACUCCCUGGACGGCAGCUUUCCUCCUUCUCCAGCGGAGGACAGGGGUCCAAAGCGACUGUCCUGGGGCAGUCUGCUGCAGAGGCUGACGGAGCUGAAGGGGAUCAAUCAGACGACCACAGCUGACCAUCAGUGGAGCAGAAGUGAAACUGGCUCUGUGGCAGAAAUUUCCCUGUCAGAAUUGGACAGCAGUUUCUUCUGUUAUCCCCUGGAGGAAGUGCUGGCUACUGAGGUUGUAGCAACAAUAACACAAAGUCUCAACGAUGCCUCAAACAUCCUGGGCUGCUCCAAACUCAUUUUACCCGACUAUCUCCUGCACAAUAUCAGCCAAGAGCUGCUGCACCUGGCCAUCAGCGAGCCUUGCGGCCUCAGAGGAGCGCUCAUUGACCUGUGUGUGGACAUGGGGGAUCAGGGCUCCCUAUUUACUGUAGACCAAAUAGCAGUGGAUGCCACCCUGGUCUCAACCUUCCAUGUGACCCUGGUGCUGAGGCUCGAGUCCAGUGGACUGUGGCCAAAGGUUCAGAAGCUCUUCAAGGGUAGCAAGUCACCAGAGACAUCUGCAAGGAACCAGGACAGUUUGAGGUUGAGUACGAGCUUUAGGGCUGUCAAGAGGAAACUGUAUUGUUCAGGGGAGCUGCUGAUUGAGGAGUGCUGCUGACCAAGCGCUCCUGUCCCUGAUUAGAUGAAAUUAAUUCCCAUGUAGGCCUACUGUAGGCGGCUGGCGGGUUAAGUAUUGUCUUAUGCAGGUGACUUGAAACAUGAAUUCAUGUUUAAACAUGGGUUAGUUUCUUUCCUGUGAAUGUAAAGUCACACCCUUAAAAAGGAACAACUUAUGUAUUUGAUAGUCAAAUAUGUCGUUUGUAUUUUAAACUGAAAGAACAAACAAAUACAUUAUUUUUUUAUUAAUUGAGUGUGUGUAUACUAUGUGUGACCAACAGUGUGGCAUUCGGGAUGGCAAAAUCAGUCUGUUGGUUCACCCCUUUGCUCCAGAAUCUCAGCAAGUUAUAUGGACUGCAAUAAAAGAUAUUCAUAAUUCCCAGAGGAUGAAUCCUAAAGACCGUUGGUGAUUAACAUAUCAUGUAGUGCCAUUGUCAGGUCAAAUCUGAUGUUUAAAGUAAAAUGUCUAAACACUUAUUGGUUGAUUUUCCAUUAUAUCCAUUUCUGAUGUACAAAAUAAUUAUAAUGACUGACUGUCCCCUUA